AUGUUUUCCAUGUAAAAUGUGUACAGUAGCCAACUAUAAGCUUUGGGCGACUGAAACUAUUGUGCACGAUGGUGAAUUAUUUUUUUUCGUUAUGCGCCUCUUCACCACUAAAGAGUGGCAUGGACAAGCAGAGCUAACAUUAGAGUGAAGUGUUUCCAACAUUACUAACCACAAAAUAUCAUAUCUAUAAGAAAAAAACUAUAAUAAUGUGGAGCCUGACGUUAGUGUUGAAUGUUGAUGGGUCGCAUGAUAUCAACAAGUGUGCAGCGGUGACAGAGCGUUUCCUUGCAGCUUGCUACAAAGCCCUGAGCGAUCACUGUGUCAUUCUUGAAGGAACGCUUCUGAAACCAAACAUGGUUACUCCAGGUUCAGAGAGUGCUAAAGUUGCUGUUGCACCGGAGGUCAUAGCGGAGUACACUGUCCGUGCCCUUCAGAGAACCGUUCCAGCCAUACUGUUCUUGUCGGGAGGACAGAGUGAGGAAGAGGCGACGAGAAACCUGAAUGCUAUGAACCAGCUGAAGACAAAGAAGCCUUGGUCUCUGUCGUUUUGCUUUGGAAGGGCGUUGCAGCAGAGCGCGCUUAAGACUUGGGGAGGGAAAGAGAAGAAUGUGAAGAAGGCACAAGAUGUGUUCUUGGUUAGGUGCAAGGCUAACUCUGAAGCUGCACUUGGUGCUUACAAAUGUGAGAGCCUUCACGUUAAAGACUACAAAUACUAAAGAGUAAGACCACCGGUACUUAUUUUUCAGUUUUAAUUGUUUGUGUGUUUGUUUUGUUUACAAGAGUGGUAAAAUGAAAUGCCCUUGAUAAACCUUUCACAGAGGUGUCUUGUUUCUCGUGAGACCUUUUAUAAAGUGAAUAUCUUGUUGGGAUUUGA